CACCGCCACCGCCUCCCUCCGUUUGAGCAACUUGCCCUGCACAUCCCUGUCGGCCCGCAGUGGGGUAACAGGCUGCAAGUCCGUCCUCCUCUGGUGCAGUCCGGUCCGGUCCGCUCAACUUGUCCCGCUGCUUGCAGAAGCAGUGACUGUGCUCCGCAGACAUGGCACCUGUCCUCCAAAUGCUCGCUGUCAUCAUCGCAUCAGCGCUCGUGCAAACUGCGACAUCGGCCCACCUCAAUGAAACUAUUUUUGCAGUGACUGUGAGCUCCCAAGUGAGAGGAGGGAAACAGGAGACCCUGUGUGCCCAGAUCCACGGCCCCACGGAGCCCGUCUCUCUGACGAUCGCCCUCGAGAUGGACUCUGGCAGAACUUCCAUCCUGGAGGAGGCUGUGAAACAGGACUUUUACCGCUGCGUAAACUUCCAGGUCCCGACAGUUAGGUCCAGAACUGUGGCAACCAUUAAUGUCACCGUUCAGGGUGAGAGUGACUCGAUGAUCAAAAAGUCAAAAAUCCUCAUUGAGCCUCCUGCUUUCAUCCACAUCAUCCAGACUGACAAACCAAUCUACAAGCCUGGACAGACCGUCCAGUUCCGAAUCGUCUCCAUGGAUGCCAAUUUCAUCCCAGUAAAUCGAGUGUACAAAGUGGUGGAGCUGCAGGAUCCCAAUUCAAAUCGCAUUGCGCAGUGGUUGGACAGGAGCAUCGGUAGCGGCAUUCUGGAUCUUUCCCACCCGAUCAUUCCUGAGGCAGUACAAGGAAGCUACAUGAUCACCGCUUCCACGAACAAAGGAGAGCAGAUAUCCCACAGCUUUGACAUCAAGGAAUACGUUUUGCCAAAGUUUGAGGUGAAGAUUCAGCUGCCCAGUGUGAUCACCAUUCUGGAUCGAGAGGCAACGCUAAAGAUUUGUGGAAAAUACACCUACGGAAAGCCUGUGGUUGGUUCAGUCAAGGCAGUAUUUUGUAGAAACGCUAUCCGUUUUUAUUGGUAUUCAACUGCCCAAGAAAGAGACCUCUGCAAGACAUAUGAGCUGACGACGGAUAAAGGUGGUUGUGCUACUCAAACUGUGAACUUGGCAGAGUUUGGUCUCACCAGGACCAUGUACGACGACAGCUUUGAGCUGAACGCUGAAAUGGAGGAGUAUGGCACAGGGGUUACUCUGAAAGGCAGUGGGCGGACCAGCUUCAGCAGUCACAUCCGGACUGUCACGUUUGAGGAUGUACCUGCAGCGUACAAGCCGGGCAUCUCGUUGGAGGGAAAGGUGAAAGUGGUCGGUCCAGACAGCAAAGGUGUUGCCCGUGAGGAAGUGUAUGUGUUUGCAGGCGAAAAUCAAAACUUAACGCUCACCACAGACAUGAGUGGCAUGGCUUCAUUUUCUUUGGACACCAGCGACUGGAAGGACAUCGUCCAUCUGAAGGCGAGGUCUAGAUUGACGGAGGAGAACGAGCCGUAUGUGGUCAGUGUGCGUACCCCAGAGUACAGGACGGCCUACCACCAUGUUGCAGCAUUUUACUCCAAGAGCAGUAGUUUUCUGAAGCUCAUGCAGGUGAACGGGAAGUUCUCCUGCGACAAAGACGCCACUGUGCGUGCUCAGUACAUCAUCCAGGGCCAGGAGCUGAAGAAGGAACAGGAAGUCCUUGACUUCUUUUACCUGGUGAUGUCCAGAGGUGGAAUUGUGCGGCAUGGUCGCGUCCCAGUGGCUGUUAAAGCAGGAACUGUCAACAAAGGAGAGUUGUCUAUACCGCUCAGUCAGGUCACAAACCUGGCUCCGAUCGCCCAGGUGGUAGUUUACACUGUGAUGCCCGGUGGAGAGGCAGUGGCUGAUAGCCAGGACUUCCCCAUUCGGCUCUGCCUCAGUAACAAGGUGUCUCUGAGGUUCUCCUCUCUCCAGGAGCUCCCAGCAGAGAAGACCACGCUCAGUCUCCAGGCUCAGCCAGGCUCCCUGUGCUCCGUCAGAGCCAUCGACCAGAGCGUCCUCCUGCUGCAGCCGGAGCAGGAACUCACUGUCGACUAUGUUUACAGCCAGCUGCCUUUGCAGAAGCUGUCAGGAUACAACUAUGAGGUUGAGGACCACGAGCCAUAUCCCUGCCUCCCUUUUCCAAUACCAGUACCUGAAGAGAUCGAGCUGGAGCGUGAACCAGAAGUGGAUAACGUAGAGCCAGCCAGUCGAAAGAAGCGAUCAUUCUACUUUGGACCGCCCAGUCAGAAGAAUGACGUCUACAGCAUCUUUAAAGAAAUAGGAGUCAAAAUUGUGACCAACUCCGAUGUGAAAAAACCUUAUGACUGCCAUGAAAGGAGAUAUGACUUAGUUUACUAUGAUGCUGACUUUAUAGUCGACUAUGCUAUAAGGGAAUCUGUUCCUGUUUUGGAGAAGCAAAGCGAUGUUGCAGAGACAAAUGCUGAAAAGCCCAAGGAGACUAUUAGAACAUACUUCCCUGAGACCUGGAUCUGGGAGCUGGUUUCUGUUGGAGACACUGGCUCAGUGAACGUGGAGAAGACGGUGCCAGACACCAUCACUAAAUGGGCAGCCGGAGCUUUCUGUGUCUCCUCUGUGGGCUUCGGUGUGUCGCCCAACACCGGACUGACCGCCUUCCAGCCGUUCUUCGUCAGUCUCACGUUGCCCUACUCUGUCGUCCGAGGGGAGGUGUUCACACUCAGAGCCACCGUCUUCAACUAUCUCUCCAAGUGCAUCAUGGUGAAGAUCAUGCUGGCUGAUUCGGACCAGUAUACCUUCAGAAACUGUGAUGGCUGCCAGUACAGUGUGUGUGUGUGCGCGGAGGAGAGCAGGACCUUCUCAUGGAUUAUAACUCCAACUGCCCUAGGUCAGGUGAAUCUGAAGGUCAGCGCAGAGGCCCUGAAGACUGACAUACUGUGUGGCAACGAGGUGGCCACCGUCCCUGAAAACGGCCAGAUUGACACAGUGGUCCGCUCCCUGCUGGUGGAGGCUGAAGGAACGCCACAGAUGGUCAGUCACAACGCUCUCCUCUGUCCUGCAGAUGGGCCUGUGGAGAAGAAAAUCUCUCUCCUGAUGCCUGAGAUGUUUGUGGCUGGAUCAGCCAGAGCCUCUGUCUCUGUACUGGGGGACCUGAUGGGCCGGGCCAUGAAGAACCUGGACAGGCUCCUGGCCAUGCCGUACGGCUGCGGGGAGCAGAACAUGGUGCUGUUUGCACCCAACAUCUUCAUCCUCAACUACCUGAAGGCCACAGGUCAGCUGACCGAGAACAUUCAGGACAAAGCCACACGCUUCCUGGAGAGCGGAUAUCAGAGGGAGCUCACCUACAAACACGAUGAUGGCUCCUACAGUGCCUUUGGGAAGAGUGAUGAGUCUGGAAACACCUGGCUGACCUCUUUUGUGAUGAAGUCGUUUGGUGGGGCGAGACCAUACAUCUUUGUUCACGGCAAGCACAUUAAAGAAGCCCGGAGGUGGCUGUCCAAACACCAGCGGCCUGAUGGCUGCAUCCGAUCUGUGGGGAAACUCUUCCACAACGGCAUGAAGGGAGGAGUGAGUGACGAUGUGUCACUGACCGCCUACAUCGCCGCCGCUCUCCUGGAGCUGGACACCAACACCACGGACCCCAUGGUGCAGAACUGCCUCAACUGUCUGAAGGAGGCAGUAGCCGGCCAGCUGGACAACCUGUACACCACCGCGCUGCUGUCCUACACCUUCACUCUGGCUGGAGAUGAGGAGAUGAGAAGCAAACUCAUCACUUACCUGCACCAGAAGGCCAACACAAAUGGGGGCAACCGUCACUGGGUCAGAGCAGGAGCUUCUCAGAAAGGCCUGGACUCUCUGGAGGUGGAGAUGACCUCCUACGUGCUGCUGGCUCUGCUCUCCGGUCCCAUCAUGCCGGACUUCGGUUUGGAUUACUCCUCCAGCAUCGUGCGCUGGCUCACCCAGCAGCAGAACGCAUACGGGGGCUUCUCGUCAACACAGGACACUGUGGUGGCCCUGCAGGCUCUGGCUAAGUACGGCGCUGCCACCUACAGCGCGGAGGGCAGCACUACAGUGACGGUGACCUCGUUAGGAGGCCUGAACAAAGAGUUCACGGUGGAUCAGAACAACAGGCUGCUGUACCAGGAGGAGAAGCUGAACGAGGUCCCUGGAGAGUACGUGGUCCGAGCUCAGGGACAGAGCUGCGUGCUGACACAGAUCUCCAUGCAUUUUAACAUCCCCCCUCCGCCUGACUUCUCUGCCUUCAACAUCUCCACUAACGUCAUGGCCAAAUGCAACAGCAGCCGGCCUCAGCUCAUCCUCCUCAUGCCUGUCAGGUACCAGGGCAGGAGAGAGGAAACCAACAUGGUCAUCAUCAACAUCAAACUGCUGUCUGGAUACAUUCUGGAUAAGAGCUCUCUGAUACCGCUGAAGAACGACCGCUCAGUGAAGCGCGUGGACGUGGAGGAAGGAUACAUCAACAUCUACUUAGACGGGUUGAAGAAGGAUGAGACGAGAAUGUACUCUGUGACUCUAGAGGAGGACUUGCCAGUCAGGAACCUGAAGCCAGCCGUGGUUAAAGUCUAUGAUUACUACCAGACAAGUGAUGAGGCGGCCACUGACUACACCUCCCCCUGUGCGGAGAGUGAUGUCAUCAACGAGCUGUAAAUUCCACAUGGAAAGCCCUGCUGGGACUUUUUUCAGUUGGAAGAAUCACUGUCAGAAAGAAUUUUCUAGAUGUUUAUUUUUUUUCUUAGGCCAUUUAUUUGCUGUUAUUCCUUUUUAAACUUUUUUAGCAGUGUUUCAUUGCAAGUGAAUUUUACUAUUUAGGAACAGGUUUUUACUUUUAAUUCUUUUUGUUUGUCCAUGGUAGGCUCCUCUCUAUCCUGUUAGUAAUGAAACAAUAGUCAGUCAGCAUGAGAAUCCAUUUGGUCUGCUGUCUCUCCUCGACACUGGAACUUUCACAUUAUAACCCGCUUUCAAGACAAACAGACCAGAUUUUGUAACAGUUCUGUUUUUAAUAGAUUUGACAAAAUCCAUAUUAUUCAUACGUGAAAGUAACGCAUGAAACAUACAGGGUACCAAUAACACAGUAUGGUCCGAGUAUUGAUUGUGACUGUGAGUGAGCGUGUGUUUGUGUGUGUGUGUGUGUUUGUGUGUGGAAGCAGGAUCUACUUUCUAGAAAAAAAGUACAGUCUCAUGAGUGCUAGGUGAGUUAUUUUGUGUUUGUGUGUGUGUGUGUUCUGCUGUACCAGUAAAAAAAAAAGGUAGAUUGAUACAUCACUACCAUACAAUUUGAAAUGUAACUGACUGACAAUAAAAUUUCUAAAAUGACAAAAAUAA